CCUACGAGACCGAGCCACCUUCCACCCUAAGGAAUCUUUUGACAUCGGUUGCUGGUGUUGCCUGAUUCAUUCUGUGGCGGACCAGGCAGCCAGCACACCGUUCUCCAUGAGGAGCAGUGGAAGAUGCCGGCUCUGCCAGCGCUGCUGCUGUCGACACACUUCCUCCUCUUCCUGUUGCUGCUGACCAUGGCCCCUCACUCGCUCACCCAGAACCCAGCCCUCGCCGCCGUACGCAUGGCGGCCAUCUUGGACGACCAGUCCUCCUGUGGUCGUGGCGAGCGUCUUGCGCUGGCCCUGGCACGAGAAAACAUCAACAGCCUGAUGGAGGCUCCGUCCCGCGCCCGCGUGGAGGUCGACAUCUACGAGCUGCAGAAAGACUCCCAGUAUGACACCACAGACACCAUGUGUCAGAUAUUGCCAAAGGGCAUGGUGUCAGUGAUAGGCCCCGCCUCUAGCCCCGCGUCAGGCUCCACUGUCAGUCACAUCUGUGGAGAGAAGGAGAUCCCUCAUGUGAAGAUCGGACCGGAGGAGACGCCCAAGCUCCCAUAUCUGCGCUUUGCCUCGGUUACGCUUUACCCUAGCAACGAGGACCUGAGCUUAGCCAUUGGUGCCAUCCUGCGUUCCUUCAGCUAUCCCACCGCCAGCCUCAUCUGCGCCAAGGCCGAGUGCCUGCUGCGAUUGGAGGAGCUGGUGCGUCGGUUCUUGAUCUCACGUGAAACACUGUCCGUCAGAAUGCUGGACGAGAGCCUUGACCCCACCCCCCUUCUGAAGGAGAUCCGAGAUGACAAGGUGGCCACAAUCAUCAUCGACGCCAAUGCCUCCAUUUCCUACCUUAUUCUCCGAAAGGCAUCGGAGCUGGGCAUGACGUCAGCAUUUUACAAAUACAUCCUCACCACAAUGGACUUCCCCUUGCUCCGAUUGGACGAUGUUGUUGACGAGCAGUCCAACAUUGUGGGUUUCUCCAUGCUCAACAGUUCGCAUCCCUUCUACCUGGAGUUCAUCAGGAGUCUGAACCUGUCCUGGAGAGAGGGCUGUGACCUCAGCCCCUACCCAGGCCCUGCGCUGUCCUCGGCCCUCAUGUUUGACGCGGUGCACGUGGUCGUGGGUGCUGUCCAGGAGCUGAACAGGAGUCAGGAGAUCGGGGUCAGGCCUCUCAGCUGCACCUCUCCUCUCAUCUGGCAGCACGGGACCAGCCUGAUGAACUACCUCCGCAUGGUGGAGUAUGAUGGUUUGACGGGCCGAGUGGAGUUCAACAGUAAAGGCCAGAGAACCAACUACACCCUGAGGAUCCUGGAGAAGCACCGCGGCGGUCAUAAAGAGAUUGGUAUUUGGUACUCCAAUAACACUCUGGCGAUGAACACGACCUCUCUGGAUGUGAACAUGGCUGAGACUCUGGCCAACAAGACUCUCGUAGUCACCACCAUCCUGGAGAAUCCAUACGUGAUGCGUAAAUCCAACUUCCAGGAUUUCCAUGGUAACGACCAGUAUGAAGGAUUCUGUGUGGACAUGUUGAAAGAGCUGUCAGGCACUCUCAAGUUCUCCUUCAGGAUCAGGCUGGUGGAUGACGGGCUGUAUGGAGCUCCAGAACCCAAUGGAUCCUGGACCGGCAUGGUGGGGGAGCUCAUCAAUAGGAAGGCAGACCUGGCUGUAGCAGGCUUUACCAUUACCUCAGAGAGAGAAAAAGUGAUCGACUUCUCCAAACCUUUCAUGUCUCUGGGUAUCAGCAUCCUGUACAGGGUCCAUCUGAGCAGGAAACCAGGAUACUUCUCCUUCCUGGAUCCCUUCUCCCCCGCGGUCUGGCUCUUCAUGCUCCUGGCCUACCUGGCUGUGAGCUGUGUGCUCUUCCUGGCAGCCAGGCUGAGUCCGUACGAGUGGUACAACCCCCACCCGUGUCUGCGGGAGCGCAGGGACAUGCUGGAGAACCAGUACACCCUGGGGAACAGCCUGUGGUUCCCCAUAGGAGGCUUCAUGCAGCAGGGCUCAGAGAUCAUGCCCCGAGCCCUCUCCACACGCUGUGUGAGUGGGGUCUGGUGGGCGUUCACCCUCAUCAUCAUCUCGUCCUACACGGCCAACCUGGCAGCCUUCCUGACCGUCCAGAGGAUGGAGGUGCCCAUAGAGUCACCUGACGAUCUGGCAGACCAGACCAACAUCCAGUACGGAACCAUCCAGGGAGGGAGCACAAUGACCUUCUUUAUGAACUCCCGAUACCAGACCUACCAGCGCAUGUGGAACUACAUGCACUCCAAGCAGCCCAGCGUGUUUGUGAAGAGCACGGAGGAGGGCAUCGCCCGCGUGCUCAACUCCAAGUACGCCUUCCUGAUGGAGAGCACCAUGAACGAGUACUACCGCCUCCUCAACUGCAACCUGACGCAGAUAGGAGGCCUGCUGGACACCAAGGGCUACGGCAUCGGCAUGCCCCUAGGCUCCCCGUUCAGAGAUGAGAUCACUCUGGGGGUGCUGCAGCUGCAGGAGAACAACAGGCUGGAGAUCCUGAAGAGGAGGUGGUGGGAGGGGGGGCAGUGCCCCAGAGAGGAGGACCACAGAGCCAAGGGUCUGGGCAUGGAGAACAUCGGAGGGAUCUUCGUGGUCCUCAUCUGUGGCCUCAUUAUUGCCGUGUUCGUGGCCAUCAUGGAGUUUGUGUGGUCGAUGCGGCGUUCGGCGGAGACUGAUGAGGUACGCCUUCACGCCUGCCACGGGCCCGGCCGCAGCCACAGACACCCGCCAGUGUCGGUCUGCCAGGAGAUGCUGAGCGAGUUCCGCAAUGCCAUCUCCUGUAAGAAGAGCUCCCGCUCCCGGCGGCGACGCCCGCUCACCAGCACAGGGGGCGGAGUCCUGCGCCACCCCUCUCGCCUCGCUCUGGGCACUCCCCGGCCCAUACGCCUGGUUCGAGAAAUGCGCCUCAGCAACGGCAAGCUGUACAGCGGCGCGGGACCCCUCACCGGGGGCGGGGCAGGGGCCAUGGGGGGCCCAGCCGACAUGGGCCCUGGGCCACAGCGCCUCCUAGAGGACCCCCUGGGAGCCAACACCACCCCGCCCCCUCCCCCGCCCCUGGCGGCGUCCAACGCGGUGGCUCCGCCUCCCUCCCGAGCCGGCUGCACCCACGUCCGCAUCUGCCAGGAGUGCCGGCGGAUCCAGAGCAUGAGGUCCGUCUCUUCCUGUCCGCGGGUCCCGGCCCUGCCCAUGGGCCACUCCUCCAUGUCGUUGCCACGCCUACCACCACCCAUGCCCCCUUCCUCCACCAAUACUGACAGCGAGGGAGGAGGCUCGUCCAGCCCGGCCAGAAGACCCAAACCCAAGCCAAACCCCCCCCCGCGACCUAUACCCCCCACCAAAACACCCCCGACAGACCUGUUAGGGACACAAAACUGAGGGGGAGGGGGGGAUUUGAGGGUGGGUUUUUGAUGGGGUGAAGGUGGUAAACAUGUGACAUGGAUGAAUGUUACAACCCACUGGGUCCUGUCCGUAGGGGUGUUUUGGGCAGAUACCUGCUCAGUUUGUUUUCUCUGAAGCAUGAAACUGGUUAACCCACACUGAACCAGUAGACUAGUUUAUGGUUCAACCAUGCCUCUAGAAUAGAGGACAGCUGAGGAAAGAGAGAGACAGAUAUAUAAUAAAGAGAGAGAGAGACACCCCAGCAUUGCGUCUCCCUAUCUCUCCAGUGGGAAGAACCAAUGGUCUCCAUGUUGUUAUGCAACAGGCCCGUCUGCGACAUCCAGAGGGACUUUUUUCCGGAACACACCUGAGCGUUGUCGUUAGCUCUCCUGUCUCAGGAAUCUAGAACUCUUUCUGCUCAAUCUGAUGGGGUGACCUGAACUAUCCCACAAUGCCCCAAGAGGUUUAUAAAGACCUAAACAUGUAUGAGACUUGUAAGACAUGUAAUGUCAUGGACUCUCUUGUACUAACUGGAGGGGGACCAUCUGAAAACUUCUAUCUUCUAUAUGAGGAGCUCCCAGAAAGCCUGGACUGGAUUUCUGGGUAAACUGAGGACUGAAAAAACUGUGUUUGUUCUUCUUCUUCGAGUUACAGACUUUAAACAUUUCUUUUCUUUUCUACCUGGUUUUAUUUUUCUUUCCUUUUAUUUAUUUUUUGUGUUCCUGUCUCCAUACAUUUUGUGUCUUUGUCAUCAUGGAAAAAGUGGUGUGCAUCCAUCAAACAUAAUCCUGAUUGAAGUGGACGUAGAAGUGACAUGAUGGAAUUCAUGGGAAGAUACAUAAAAACGCCUCAACAAGUAUUAUGACUAUAUUGCUACAUACGUGUUUAUGAAAAGACAAAUGCACAUGGUCAGAUUAUAUAUAUAUAUAU